UUUCCGAAUUCUUUGCAGGUUAGUCGAUAAUCGUGGUCGCUGGUUUUCACCCUACGGGGAUGCCAAGAUGAACGUUGGUCCAAAUUUACGUGAGAUAUUCAAUUACGACUAUUAGCCAACUAUUUGUGAAACAUCGUGAUGACUUCCGAGAUAAAUGGCGAGGCCUCGUGUCUCCAGCGUCUUCAUCAAGAAGUACGAAAUACAAUUAUCCCAUUCUACUUAACCCUUAUACCAUUUACUGUAUUUCCGCGUAGGCUUUUGAUUGUUUAGAAACAUUUCCAAACAAGAUCAUCGAAUUGAAUGACUUCGUCAACGAGUACAUGCCGGAAUCUGUUAGAAAUAAUAAAUUCAACGAACCUGCGAUCGAUCGGAAAGUCAAGUGCCAAUCUACGCUUUCCACCGCGAAAAAUUGCGAUCUAAGUAGCAUCUCAGACUUCGGCGGUAAUUAUUAACCCUUAAAGGCUGUCACGGGUGAAAAUGCAUUUCGAUCAACAAAUUAAUCAGGUUUAAUCAGAUGGAAUUGAAUCUUUUAUCGUUGUUCGCGAUACUACGCGAAGAGUAAACAACAUUAUCGUUUGCGGUGGUAUUAUUACACGACGACAGUGCUAAAACGAAAUUCGCACGGGGUGAAAUUUUACUCGUGAUAGCCUUUGAGGGUUAAUGAAAAUACAAGUCACGUGUACGCGCGUAAUGGACUUUUGCGCUGAUUCCUGCAGUUUCCAGUUACUACUCUCUCUCGAUGUGCGAUCGCAAUCGAUCGCGACAUGGAAUCUGUAAAAGAAAAUACUAUCGAUCGCGAGGUAUAACUGGUUGUAACGUACGUCGAAGACCUGGACCGCUUGGACAACUUUUAGCAUUUAUAGUCAGCAGCUUGGCGACAUGUACAAAGAAAAUCGUCGUUACUCCGUCACAGUACAUCAUGGACAACAUAAUUCCAACAUUCUUUCAAAAACGAGAGUUGAAAAACGCACAAUGUGGACCGCCGAAUUGGAAUAGCUCUCUUUCGACUUACGUGACUACGGUAAAAAAAGACACCACGAUUAUUGGGAAACUUAUCGAUAUCAUGAGACCUGCUGUAGUGAAACUCAUUAACGACACUACGACCUUGAAACGCUGGCUACAAGCUAUUGCUUUGACCGCUACAUCGCCUCCGAUCGAACUAACAAAUGCAACUCGUAACACUGAAACCAUCGACUGUUGGGCUUACGAGCUGUUCUUUCAUCUCAAGUACCUUCAAGUGAAUCGCGGACGACGGACCACCGACAAAGUAAUGGCCGAGGCGGAGUCGAAACCUAACGAUGUGAUUCACGCUAACUUAUGGCACCGAUUAGUUCAGCUCCGCGAUAAUUACAUUAUUCUGUACGAGACUUUAAAGAACUACGAUAAAAUUCGUGAUCUCGAUUCGGAGAAACGGCAAGAAUAACAACGUAAUGACCAGUUACAGCGAAUGUCGAGCGGAGGAAACACAGAUUCGGUUUAAUGCAUCCACUAAUUCCCUUCGGAUAAGCGAUUUAGACAUUUCGCUCUGUAUAGUUUUCCAAAGAACAUUAAUGCAAACUGUACAGCAGUUUUAACUCGAAUAGAAGGUCCGUCGGUCGAACCUCUCGCCCGUUUGUUUCGACACGAUUCAGCUGACAUGGCACGCUAUUGUAGCUAACAUUUAAACUUCGUGCCAAGGAAGGGAACGCAGGCGCAGGCUACGGAAUUUUUACUUCGCCGAGAUUGCACCACCCGACCUGCAGUCACCAUUCGCUCCAUCGACUUUUUUCCACCGAGUAAUAGCGUAACCUACUUCACCAGAUAAAACGUCAGACACUUUUUACGGCCAAGUAAUACUAUCGAACGUUAAUAUCUAGGAUCUAGCCCGGUUCAUAGCGAGACCGAUAUCGGUGCAAUUUCGAUCGUACAAAUUUUAAUAGCGAUAGAUUUCGCAAUAGAAACAUUUCAUUUUUCUUUUUUUUAGUCGUCCAACAAAGAUUGUUUGCGAAACGUAUAAGGAUACAAAAGAUCAGCGUUACGAUGUUUCCAGUGAAACGAGUUUACGAGGAACCAGCCAUCGGACGCGAUAGAAUUAUUAAUCAUUCACCGACAAACGCAUGCUGCACGCGUCCAUUUAUGUUUUGGCGUUCUUCGAUCGUUUCGUAUUCAACUAACGUGAGCAACACUUGUCAUACCAUAUAGGUUAAUAUCGUAUUUAAAAAUCCCUUUCUCGAAUUACCAUCUUAUACAUUUUUACGGUGAUAAAUUGUCAUAUUAUAACGGAUGAAACGUAAAUGGGGAAAUAAAACGUAGCUGGCUGAGGGAUAUGCAGAAUUCAAACACUGAGUCCAUUCUUCUAUUCCCACGAUAAAUGCAGCGGCAAAUCUUUCUCUAGAUAGAGGGAGUGUCAGUGCACAUCAUGGUAACUGGUAUAGUCGUAUACAGCUAUAGAACGGUAUCGCAAAAGAGAUUGUGUUGCUUCUAGAUAUUGUUGAGACGGUAUAAAAUUCACAAGGAAAGGAAUUAUAUCAUAGUCUAACUGGAGCCAAUAAAAAAUGUUUUAAAACGUUUAGAAAACUGCGUUUACCGUACGAUAUCUCGUAGGGAAACGUUCGGUGACGAUACUUUUGUUCGUCACUGUACUUUUCAUCUUCGUGAUCGGUUGGUGCUCCUAUAAUCUAACUACGAAUCAUUAGACGUGGUGCCAUAAAGCAACGCUCAUGGACGUUAUUACGCCAUUAAUGUCGAAAUGCUGACAGUACCUCACGGUAUUAAAUUCUUACGACCGUUAAGCAGUUAUAAAUCGAAAUUAUUUGUUAUUCGUUAAGAAGAGGAUGGAAUCGGUAAUUUGUAAGAACAUUUCCUUUCGUUCGCUUUGCUUGCAAAUAGAAAAUGUCAGGAAGGGAAUACAUCUAAGAACGGUUUUCCCAUUUAAGCCGAUGUGUUAGAUAUCCGUCAGUACAUCUAGGCAAAGGUAAGAGCGUUAAACGAGUACCGACCCCAACUAACCUAUGAUCUUGGUUGAUAGUUGAUCGGGAGUUAAGCUUCGCUCCAUCCAUAACAGCUUCGAACGAAAUCCCUCGUGUGGCUCCAUCGUGCGAACGAACGGUAGUCACGACUCUGAUUACGUAGCGUGUAAAACACCAAGGAGCCGUGCGAGAGGAAAAAUAAGCGGACAGAAAGAGAAGGAUCAUCGAAGGAACGAGAAAACUAGAUAAGAGAUAAAACAAA